AUGGUUAUCUUCUUCUUUAUGUUAGUUCACGUGAUUGGUUUCCGUUUCCUCCAGACUCAUCGAACAACUACAAUGGCUAAACAUUCGAGAUCUUCUUCGAGUGAAUCGACGCCGCUCAACAAGAGAAGAAGACAAUCGGAGCAAGAGAGCACCAGCUCUGAGUUAUUGAACUUGCAACUGAGUCCGAUCCCAGCGAAUUCGAUUACGUCUUCAUCAUCAUCAAGCCACAAUUCUCCACUUGGCGCUGUUGACGUGCCAAAUAGCGAAGCCAGAAAAAUCAGAAAAAAGACCGACGAAAAGUGGGCUGCCGAGUUCAAAGACAAAAUCCGGGACAGCUCUCUGCUAUUUGAAGAACUCAGAGAGAAGCAUGCAUUCUGGCAACUCCUCGAUCCAAAUAAGUCAAAACAAAAGAAUGAUCUCCUUAGAUGUGACAUCUAUGUGAUCCUCGAAAAAUGGGGAAAGGAUUUUGAUACACGAGGAAUUAAUGAGAGCGAUGUGGAGAAUUUCGUGAUUGCUCGAGACCAGUUGAAGGAGAGGAUUGGCCAAGAGCAAGCUCGAUUGGCUCUCAGGAUUUUCCCGGAGCAGUACACGAGGAAACUGAGUGAAGCAUUCGAUAAGUUCCCAAGAAACUACCGGAUGUUCUUCGAAGAGAGUCUCUCGGUCAAUGUCGCUUCAGCUGUGAUCAGAGAAUUUUACGACCAAGCACUCGCCCGACUGGAAGAAGAGGAAGCCAGCGGCCGAAUCGACGAGUCGAUCAAUUCCCAUCCAUCUGGAAAAUCUCUGGAUAGAAGAGAGGACGCCCAAGAAGAAUUGGAUGUUGAGGAGAACGGAGAUUUCAUUCAGGAUGAUAUGGCUCACCCGGAAGCGGAUGGAGACGAGAUCCAUGAGAUUGAUGACGAUAGCGACGAUGACAUACAAAUCAUCGAGCCACCGCCGAGAAGAGUCUUCAUCGCUCCAAUCAUCCGUCUGGAUCCAGAUAUGAUUCCGUUUGGCCGGUAUCAACAGGCGGAACUUGAAGAACCACAGAUUGAUAUCGAUGUUCUUCCUCCUGUCAGAAACAUAGAUAGAAGAUUCUGGCAUGAGGAUGAUGAAGACGAUGGUGAUGUUCAAGAAGAAGAAGAGAUCAGGCAAGAAAUGUCAAGAAGAGAGGUCGCUGUGGAAGAGCCAGAGGUUCAGAUAAUACUUCCAGCUGCAAACAAUAGGGCUGCAGAUCCUGACAUUCAAGAUAUGACCUUGCGGACGAUGGCUCCACCUAUAACUGGAGCUGAAGAACGGAGACCGGUUCGUAUUAACAGAGAUCGAUCACCAACUCCGCCUGCACCAUUAGAUCGAGUUCGUUGUGAUGCAACUCCUGGAAGACUCCCCUCAACAUUUGUCUCAAGAUGGACACCGUCUCCGAAUCAAAACAGUGGACCGCCAAGAGACAAUCGUCGCAGAACACCGUCUCCAGACAGUAACAGGAGACAGCCUCCACCUCGUGCUAGAGAUCGUACUCAUAUAUCUGGUCGCUCUCGGAACGUGUCUCCUUCUCGAGGUUCAUCCAAAUCUCCAUCACCGAAGCGUUCCAGUCUUCAUGCAGGAGCACCAUUAACUCCAUCUGGAAAAUCUCUGGAUAGAAGAGAGGACGCCCAAGAAGAAUUGGAUGUUGAGGAGAACGGAGAUUUCAUUCAGGAUGAUAUGGCUCACCCGGAAGCGGAUGGAGACGAGAUCCAUGAGAUUGAUGACGAUAGCGACGAUGACAUACAAAUCAUCGAGCCACCGCCGAGAAGAGUCUUCAUCGCUCCAAUCAUCCGUCUGGAUCCAGAUAUGUUUCCGUUUGGCCGGUAUCAACAGGCGGAACUUGAAGAACCACCGAUUGAUAUAGAUGUUCUUCCUCCUGUCAGAAACAUAGAUAGAAGAUUCUGGCAUGAGGAUGAUGAAGACGAUGGUGAUGUUCAAGAAGAAGAAGAGAUCAGGCAAGAAAUGUCAAGAAGAGAGGUCGCUGUGGAAGAGCCAGAGGUUCAGAUAAUACUUCCAGCAGCAAACAAUAGGGCUGCAGAUCCUGACAUUCAAGAUAUGACCUUGCGGACGAUGGCUCCACCUAUAACUGGAGCUGAAGAACGGAGACCUGUUCGUAUUAACAGAGAUCGAUCACCAACUCCGCCUGCACCAUUAGAUCGAGUUCGUUUUGAUUCAGCUCCUGGAAGACUCCCCUCAACAUUUGUCUCAAAAUGGACACCGUCUCCGAAUCAAAACAGUGGACCGCCAAGAGACAAUCGUCGCAGAACACCGUCUCCAGACAGUAACAGAAGACAGCCUCCACCUCGUGCUAGAGAUCGUACUCAUAUAUCUGGUCGCUCUCGGAACGUGUCUUCUUCUCGAGGUUCAUCCAAAUCUCCAACACCGAAGCGUUCCAGUCUUCAUGCAGGAGCACCAUCAACUUCCGCUAAAAGUAGCUCUCAAGCUCAUGGUCGUGAUGGUCGUCGUUCAAUUAGAAAUCGGAGCAUUUCUCCAGUUGAAAUCCGAACACCUCGAGCCACGACACCAAGUCACCAAGUGCCCACCACAUCGAGUGCAGUUACCGCAAAUCCUCCAAAACUCGCGUGCUGCAACAUCGACGCAACCUGUCUCCCAUACAGUACGUUUAACCUCCGCUGCGACAACAACCCAGACUGCCGAAUUCCUUCCGAUGCAGAGUACUGGGAGUUCAAGGGCAGUAACGGGCAGAAGAUUUACUGUCUGAAGUGUUACAAAACCGUUAAUCCGAAUCUCAAGAGAAGAAAGUUCAAAAAGAAGAAGAACGAGAACGAAGCAGUAGAGCCGAUUUUGGAGUGCCAGAAGUGUCGGAGAAACUUCCAUCUGUGUUGCUCAUUCUUUUAUGGAGAGGACCUGUCGAAGUUUGUCUGUGAGGAGUGCAGCGGAGUGCGUGUCAAGAAGACGAUUGAUGGGGUGGAGAAGUGUCAGCUAGCAGCUUUUAUGACCAAGAAGAUGAUGGACUUCUUGGCGGCUCGGAUGGGUGUGGUGGAGCACCCGAUCCGUAUUUGUGGAUACUCCGAGGCAAAGAACGCAAAGACCUCGACCGUCUUCCCGCCCGUAUUGAGAGACCAAUUUCUGAAGAAGUAUUCAAAUAUGAUGAACUACGUGUCGAGAGCUCUUCAUGUCUACCAGAGAGUUGAUGAGGUGGAUGUGAUCACUUUUGCCAUCUACACACAAGAAUACCACUUUCAAAAGGAAGAUGAUAAGUGGUGUGUGAUCGACUACAUCGACUCGCUCCCCUAUUUCAAAAAAUUCAAUGGAGUACAAAAGAAAGAGAUUCACCGCCUCCUCAUCCAUAGUUACUUCGAAUACAUGGGCGGUCUCGGGUUCAGGAAGGCACAUCUCUGGUCGAACCCACCUCCGAAGGGAGAUGACUAUGUCUUCAACAUCCAUCCCUUUGACCAACCAUUUUUGGAUUUCACUCAAUUAAUUGCUUGGUAUCACAAGCUGUUGAAAGACGGAAAAGACAAAAAGAUUCUCGCGAAAUUCACCAACUUCCAAGAAGCCAAGUGUCAAUUCGUAAAGCCUAUUGACAUUCCUGUGUUUGUGGGAUCCCUGUGGUAUUAUGUGUUUCAGGAAGCCAAGAAGCCUACAACAAUGAAAAUUUUCAAACGCGAACUGGAGGAGAAGAAGGAAGAACAUGGAGAGGACAACUUUUUCAUCGAAAUCGCUCCGACGACAACACGACAACCACAGAGCACACACAACACUCAUGCGAUUCUUGGAGACCGUGAAAAACUUUGGGAAACGUGCGUCGACAAAAAUUGGCAGUUUGAGACUAUCCGAAGGGCAAAAUACUCAUCAGUGGGAUUGAUUCAAAAGAUGGAGGAAUAG